AAACCCCCGUGUCUCUCUCUCUCUCUCUCUCUACAUUUGUUGCAUUCUUCUGUUUAUAAGCUUCAAAAACUAAUCUCACUUACCUGCAUUAAAGUCCUACCUCGCUCCUGCUGUGGUCAUCAUUUCUAAUUUUAUUGGGUUUCAGGUCUAUAUUCUUCUUCUUUCCUUCUCACAGAGAGUGAACUCAUAUAGCCGAAAGGGUCCCCCAUCAGAGGAGAAAAAAGAGCCUUGUUUUGGGCAAAUUUCCCACAAAUCAGAAUGCUGAGAAGCUGAGAUUUCUUUGCAAUCUAAGGGAAGUAGAGGGAUUCAUUUUGCAAUGUUGUUGACUGGAAGAAAAACCCAGAAAAAUUGGAACUAGCAGCGAAGGAAAACAGUCCUAGCUGUAUGAAGUAGUGAAACAAUGAGAGAUGGAAGCACAAAGAAAAGCAAGCUUUCCUGGUCAAAAUCACUAGUUAGGAAAUGGUUCAAUAUCAAGAGCAAAACUGAGGAGUUUCAGGGAGGUGGAGCUGUUCAUGGGGGUCCUGAUGUGGAAUGGAGGAAUAGCUUCUCAGAUAGAGAGCCAAGUAGAAUUAAGAAAAGCAGAACAGAAAAGAUAGGCAAGAAUGUAGAGCGGGUUCGUCGGAGGAGAGUUGAUCUCAAUCAUCCCCAAAUUAUAAACGUGCAUAACUAUAGCAUGUUUGUGGCUACAUGGAAUGUGGGUGGAAAAUCACCAGAGAGUAAUUUGAAUCUGGAUAAUUUUCUGCAUUCCUCCCCUCCUGCAGACAUUUAUGUCCUAGGAUUCCAAGAAAUAGUUCCUUUGAAUGCUGGCAACAUUCUGGGUGCUGAAGAUAAUGGCCCUGCAAAAAAAUGGCUAGCUCUAAUAAGCAAAACACUAAACAAUCUUCCAGGAAGUAGUGGAGGUAGUGGGCGGUAUACGCCUUCUCCUAUCCCCAAUCCAAUUGCCGAAUCAGAUGCAGAUUUUGGGGGAUCAAUGAGGCAGAAGGCAUCCUUUUUCCCUCGUAGAUCAUUCCAAACAGCAUGCAGCUGGAGAACUGAAAAUGAUUCAUCAACCUCGCAGCCUCGCCUUGAUCGGCGAUACAGUGUAUGCGAUCGGGUUAUAUUUGGUCACAGGCCAAGUGACUAUGACCCCAAUUUCAGAUGGGGUCACAGGCCAAGCGAUUCAUCCUGGGGCCACAGGCCAAGCGACUCAUCCUGGAGUCACAGACCAAGUGACUCGUCUUGGGGUCACAGGCCAAGUGAUUCUUCUUUGGGUCACAGGCCCAGUGACUCUUCUUGGGGUCACCGGCCGAGCGAUUCUUCUUGGUGUCACAGACCUAGCGACUCUUCUUCAGGUCACAGACUAAGUGAUAUUUCCUGUGGUCACAGGCCUAGCGACUAUUCAAGAUGGGGUUCAUCAGAUGAUGAUUAUGGACCUUGGGAUUCUCAUAGCAACAUGUUGUUCUCACCAAUAUCUAAUACUGGUUCUGCGCCAAUGGAGGAUGGUUACAGAUUUCCAGGGCACUCAAGGUACUGCUUGAUGCUGAGUAAGCAAAUGGUUGGCAUUUUCCUCACGAUAUGGGUUAAAAGUAAUCUGAAGGAACAUGUUCGCAACAUAAAAGUAUCUCGUGUUGGAAGAGGAUUGAUGGGGUACCUUGGCAAUAAGGGAUCCAUUUCAGUCAGCCUGAUGUUGCAUCAAACAAGCUUUUGCUUUGUAUGUAGUCAUUUGAGUUCAGGACAGAAGCCGGGAGAUGAACUACGGAGGAAUGCUGAUGUUAUGGAAAUCCUAAAGAAGACAAGGUUUCCACGAGUUCAUAAUGAGGGCCAAGAUAAAUCCCCAGAAACAAUCCUUGAGCACGAUCGGAUUAUUUGGCUUGGUGAUCUGAAUUAUCGAAUUGCCCUAUCUUAUCGGUCUGCAAAGGCGCUUGUUGAAAUGCAAAACUGGAGGACAUUGUUACAACAUGACCAGCUACGGAUAGAGCAGAGACUGGGUCGUGUUUUCCAUGGAUGGAAUGAAGGAAAAAUAUAUUUCCCACCAACAUACAAAUAUUCAAAUAAUUCGGAUAGAUAUGCAGGGGAUGACAUGCACCCAAAGGAGAAGCGGCGCACACCUGCAUGGUGUGAUAGAAUUUUAUGGUAUGGAGGUGGCCUUCAUCAAUUAUCCUAUGUCCGUGGGGAAUCUAGAUUCUCAGACCAUAGACCAGUUUAUAGUAUAUUUUGGGCUGAGGUGGAGUCAUACCAAGGUCGCUUGAGGCGAAGCAUGAGUUGUUCCAGUUCCAGGGUUGUGGAGGAGCUGUUGCCAUACUCUCACGGAUAUACUGAUCUCUGUUUUUUCUGAAAGACUGGGAAUUAAUUCUGUAUUUGAAACUGUACAGUUAUGCUUGGGGAUCCAUCACGAUGGGCUGUCUUCAUUAAUGGGUUAGAAGGAAUUCAAGUUUGAAGCCUGAUGGAGACAUGUCUAUUGCUCACUAACCAAAAAAGUGUAUAUAUUUGCAUUUUGCUAGCUAUAUAACUUCACAUGAUCCAAUUUGGCAUUACUGAAUGAUCAACAUUUGUUCGUUGCUGAGCAACAUACAUUUUGAAGCACAAUUUGGCAAUCUGAUUGGUGUUUUCAAUUUCCUCGCAAGCAUUUAAAUUUGGAUGAACUCCAACCAAUCAAGACAGAAUUUCCAAGUUGGUAAAUCAGGAUUGUUUUAUUCUUUAUUUGUUUCUGUAGAACAAAAAGAGAGAGCCUAAAUAAUUAUUUGAAUUGUCACCUUUCUCUUUUAAAUGAAAGGACAAGAGCUGAUUCUACUUGUUGAGUGAUGGAAGGAUACAAACUGGAAAUGCUUCUCUUGUUCUGUUGUUGUUAAUGAUUUUACUGAAAAGGUGUUUUUUUU